CCAGGAAUGUCCGCACCCAUCGAAACACACUGGUACGACGACAAGGCCUACUCGACAAAGCCUGAUGUGAAGCAGGAGAUUGAGGCUGCUGUGCGUGCACAGGCUCCUGCUGAUGCCUCUGCUGCGUAUAUUGCUGGCUGGCACACAAGCAGAUCUGAUGGUAGAGACCAUGGGACUGCGGACUACGACAGAGGUGAGAGCUUGGAACGUAGACACAUCUACCCUUGA